GUUCUUGUAUCACCAGAGGAUUCUAUUUCAAAAUGGCUCGUACCAAGCAGACUGCUCGUAAAUCAACUGGUGGAAAGGCUCCUCGUAAGCAACUGGCGACUAAGGCUGCUCGCAAGAGUGCGCCAGCAACCGGCGGAGUGAAGAAGCCUCAUCGUUACAGGCCCGGAACCGUAGCUCUUCGUGAGAUCCGUCGUUACCAGAAGAGCACUGAACUUCUCAUCCGCAAGUUGCCUUUCCAGCGACUCGUCCGUGAAAUCGCUCAAGAUUUCAAGACCGACCUUCGUUUCCAGAGCUCUGCUGUCAUGGCCCUUCAAGAAGCCAGCGAGGCUUACCUCGUCGGCCUAUUCGAAGACACCAACUUGUGUGCCAUCCAUGCUAAACGCGUUACUAUUAUGCCCAAGGACAUCCAAUUGGCUCGUCGUAUCCGAGGCGAGCGUGCUUAAUUCAAAGCAUCCCAAAUACGGCCCUUUUCAGGGCCAACAAAAAGUUACAACGUUGCAACAAUCUGUAAAUUUCAAAUCGUACUACUAUUAACUUAAGCAAAAUUACCAAACUGUCUUGAAAUUACUCACACAACAGAAAACAAACUUUUAAAUGAUUCCAAAUAUUUAUAAGCUUUUAAAAACACUUAGACGAUGUUUUCUAACUUUAUGUAUUCCUCUUGAGAAUUCAUAUAUUUUAUUUGCGUCAACUAUCCUCGCGAACUUCAGCGUCGAUCACGUUCUUAUGAAUGCUUAUUAAUAACUUCAAAGUAAUAAGUAUACAUAAAAAUUAAUUUCGCUCUCAACUCGAUUGGCUUUCGUAAUACACUAUUGCUUCAGAUGAGAAAGUGGAAUUGCUAAAAAACAUGACAGUUUUUGUUAAUUUCAACUGUAAGCCGGUAGUUUUGGGAUCUUAGUAAAAGCCGAGCGAUGAACUGAAAUAUUUAGUCUAAUGAAUGAAUGAAAGUAGAGUUACGUUAAUAAUAAAAUUGCUAUAUCGGUUAGGAAUAAUUGUACAGUUUUGGGUGUAUCAUGGUUAAAAUAAUCAGAAGCAUUGUGUAAUUUCUUUUAACUCUAAUUUAUAAUUUUCUGUAUUGAAAAUAAGCUUAUCACCCGUUUCAUCAAUUUUUCCUACUUUAAUUAUGUACUUAGCAAAAUUUGUAACACUAUUUACCGAUAAACACGACCGUUUUCCCGAUGU